ACAUUUUGAAUAAUCAUUAUAAUUUCUAUUUUCAGAGUACCAAUAUGACAUAUGUAUUCCGAGUUCUAUCCUGUUACCUACUUGUGAACUUCGUUGUUAUAAACACACAAGCUAACGUUUCUACUACAACAUGUACACAUAAUGAUAACUGUACCAGCAAUGCAAUUUGUUCAGCCGGUAGGUGCAGCUGUGACACAGGAUUUACUGAAAAUGGGAAUGCUUGCGAAGCUAACGUUUCUACUACAACAUGUACACAUCUUGAUAACUGUACCAGCAAUGCAAAUUGUUCAGCCGGUAGGUGCAGCUGUGACGCAGGAUUUACUGAAAAUGGGAAUGUUUGCGAAGAUAUAGAUGAAUGCAUCAGUAACACGCACAACUGUAAUUCUAAUGCGACCUGUAACAACACUGACGGAAGUUUUACUUGUGCAUGUAACUCGGGUUAUACAGGCGAUGGAAUAAAUUGUACAGAUAUAGACGAAUGCACCAGUUUCACCCACAACUGCAAUUCUAAUGCGACCUGUAACAACACUGACGGAAGUUUUACUUGUGCAUGUAACUCGGGUUAUACAGGCGAUGGAAUAAAUUGUACAGCUAACGUUUCUACUUCAUCAUGUACACAUAAUGAUAACUGUACCAGCAAUGCAAUUUGUUCAGCCGGUAGGUGCAGCUGUGACACAGGGUUUACUGAAAAUGGGAUUGUUUGCGAAG